CUUUAUCUGAGAUCGGCUACUUACCCCUGGCUCGUACUCCGAUGGGCCUUGCCUGCUGGACAAGUUGAGUAAUUUUAAUCUUUGCAGAACCAUCAAACAGUAAAGUUUAUUUUGAAGAGCAUAAUAAUGGCAGACGAAGAACUGGAAGCAAUAAGGCGGCAAAGAAUGGCGGAGCUACAGGCGAAGCACGGGGAUGGCUCGAGUAACCAACAAGGAGAGGAGGCAAAACAAAGGGAGGCUGACAUGAGAAAUACAAUAUUGGCUCAAGUACUUGAUCAGUCUGCCCGUGCCAGAUUGAGUAACCUUGCUUUAGUAAAGCCAGAGAAGGCCACAGCUGUUGAGAACUAUCUAAUUCAAAUGGCUCGUUUUGGACAGUUAGGUGGAAAGAUUUCAGAGUCUGGUUUAAUUGAGAUUUUAGAAAAAGUUAGUCAGCAAACAGAGAAAAAGACUACUGUCAAAUUUAACAGGCAGAGGGUGAUGGACUCAGAUGAUGAGGAUGACGAUUACUGACCCGAGAUCCCUAGAGUGAGAGAGCAAAUUGCAUUCAGAUUUUUUUUGUUGGAAUUUGGAGCUCCUGUGAUGCUAUGAUGGCAACUCGUUAUAGGACGGCCUCCCAACAUGGACGUUCGAGGUUUCAAGGCAUUUUCUUUUCUGUAUUUGUUCAGUUUGCAUUGGUACCCAAUUUUCAUCUAUAUAAUAAUCACAUUUAAAUUCACAAUUGCUUUUUUACCUAUUGAAACAUUAUAUCAUAAUCUAUUGCCAAGUUUACAAAAAAAAUAAAAAUAAAAAACUUUAUUACUAAAA